AUGCUGAGGUUUGCUAGAUAUUUCCCCUUCUCAACAUAUCGUUCAAUAGAUUUGACUGCUUCCUUCUCGCGUAAAGCUAAUUUGAGUCAAUUUGAGGAUCGAAUUCUACGUGAAUCAGAGACAUUAGGUUUAUUAGUUAAGAACUCAACUGUUCGUGUCCAAUUCUCGCCUAAGCUUCCCGAACGUUUAACCCAGAGUCUUUCAAUCACAAAUGAUUCUCCCAUCGAAGUCCAGUCGUCUGUUAUUAAAUCUCUCAUACGCAAAGAAAAUGUCUCUAUUAGAAUUCUUGAAGAAACUGAAGGCUCGUCAUUAGUCAUUAUUGAGCCAAAUCAAGAAUCGAAAUCUUCAUCUUCCUCUUAUAGAGAUAAGUUGCUAAAAAUGCGCACAAACAUAGAUGACCACAUGUUGGGAAUUAAAGUGAAACAGGCGACUGAACUUGCUGCCAAGGGGCACGAAGUCAGUAUAAAUGUACGCCUUACUAAUCAACAACUCAGACAAAUAAAUGACUCUCAAACUCUUUCAGAAGAACAGAAGCUGUCAAUGAAAAAAAACUUAUACGAUUCCAACAUCAAGCGAUUCACCGAAGCGUUCAAAGGGUGCACUUCCAAGAAUCCGAAGUUGAUAGAAAGCAAUGACCUCAGGGAAUUUACAAUAGUUCUCUCUCCUCGACAGUAG